AUGACAUCAACCCCACAUGAGCGUGAGAGUGGAGAUGAGGAGCGCCCAAACAGACAUGAGCCAGAGAGUGGAGAUGAGGAGCACCCAAACAGUCAUGAGCCAGAGAGUGGAGAUGAGGAGCGCCCAAACAGGCAUGAGCCAGAGAGUGGAGAUGAGGAGCGCCCAAACAGACAUGAGCCAGAGAGUGGAGAUGAGGAGCGCCCAAACAGACAUGAGCCAGAGAGUGGAGAUGAGGAGCGCCCAAACAGACAUGAGCCAGAGAGUGGAGAUGAGGAGCGCCCAAACAGACAUGAGCCAGAGAGUGGAGAUGAGGAGCGCCCUAACAGUCAUGAGCCAGAGAGUGGAGAUGAGGAGCGCCCAAACAGUCAUGAGCCAGAGAGUGGAGAUGAGGAGCGCCCAAACAGUCAUGAGCCAGAGAGUGGAGAUGAGGAGCGCCCAAACAGGCAUGAGCCAGAGAGUGGAGAUGAGGAGCGCCCAAACAGACAUGAGCCAGAGAGUGGAGAUGAGGAGCGCCCAAACAGACAUGAGCCAGAGAGUGGAGAUGAGGAGCGCCCAAACAGACAUGAGCCAGAGAGUGGAGAUGAGGAGCGCCCAAACAGACAUGAGCCAGAGAGUGGAGAUGAGGAGCGCCCAAACAGUCAUGAGCCAGAGAGUGGAGAUGAGGAGCGCCCAAACAGUCAUGAGCGAGAGAGUGGAGAUGAGGAGCACCCAAACAGUCAUGAGCCAGAGAGUGGAGAUGAGGAGCACCCAAACAGUCAUGGGCCAGAGAGUGGAGAUGAGGAGCGCCCAAACAGUCAUGGGCCAGAGAGUGGAGAUGUGGAGCGCCCAAACAGCCAUGGGCCAGAGAGUGGAGAUGAGGAGCGCCCAAACAGUCAUGGGCCAGAGAGUGGAGAUGAGGAGCGCCCAAACAGCCAUGAGCCAGAGAGUGGAGAUGAGGAGCGCCCAAACAGACAUGAGCCAGAGAGUGGAGAUGAGGAGCGCCCAAACAGACAUGAGCCAGAGAGUGGAGAUGAGGAGCACCCAAACAGUCAUGAGCCAGAGAGUGGAGAUGAGGAGAACCCAAACAGUCAUGGGCCAGAGAGUGGAGAUGUGGAGCACCCAAACAGCCAUGGGCCAGAGAGUGGAGAUGAGGAGCGCCCAAACAGUCAUGGGCCAGAGAGUGGAGAUGAGGAGCGCCCAAACAGUCAUGAGCCAGAGAGUGGAGAUGAGGAGCGCCCAAACAGACAUGAGCCAGAGAGUGGAGAUGAGGAGCGCCCAAACAGACAUGAGCCAGAGAGUGGAGAUGAGGAGCGCCCAAACAGCCAUGAGCCAGAGAGUGGAGAUGAGGAGCGCCCAAACAGACAUGAGCCAGAGAGUGGAGAUGAGGAGCGCCCAAACAGACAUGAGCCAGAGAGUGGAUGGGGAGCGUCCAAACAGGCAUAA